CUUUUUUUCUCUUUCUCUUGUCAUUUUACCUUUAUUUAUCAUGAGUCGAUCUCAAUUUCCUUGUCAUUGGUCUAUUUGUGAACAUUCGUUUGACACACCCGAAGAACUAUUUAAUCACUUGUCAGACGAACAUGUCGGUAGAAAAGCAACUAAUAAUCUUUGUCUGAAAUGUCAAUGGAAUAAUUGUGGUACUAUUGCAGCUAAACGGGAUCAUCUUGCAAGUCAUUUAAGAGUACAUUUGCCUCUAAAACCUCAUCAAUGCUCUGUCUGUAACAAAGGUUUCAAAAGGCCUCAAGAUUUAAAAAAGCAUGAAAGGAUUCAUACAGUAGAACAUCAAGCUACCUUGCUUAGCAAUCAACCAGGAUACAAGCCUAUUCGAAGAAGAAAAAAGCAACAACCUACAAAGACAGAGACGAAAAAUUAUAAAAGAAUGACAUUGCCAUCUCCUAAAGGUUCUUCUGAGCAUCUGUCGGACUUGUCUUCUUCUUGCAGUCCAAGUUUCUCCUUUAAGGAUCCAGCACGAUUUGCUGAAAAUUACUUCUAUGAUCCUUUUUUAGAAACAAAAGACAAUUACUAUCCGUCUGGAUUUUUGCAAGACCCUAUUCAAGACCUUAUUGAUGAUGUAUUGCAUAAUCGAUUUUUGCCUAACUAUGAUUCAGAUAUGAUGGAACGCUUAAAUGCUAUUGCUCCUCUGAUUGAGCAUGAUGAAGCAAGUCAUUUGAAGCUACCUUGUGAGCUUGAUGCUAUUCCUGCUUUACAGAAUUGGCUUGAACAAUUAUCUGCCAAUAUCCUAGAAGACAAUGUCGUAUAUCCCACUAUGUUAUCCUCCAUUCCUUCUGCAUUAUCCACACCUUCAUUUCAACAACAACAACAAUCUGACAGUACAAGAUUUAUGCCUGAUGAAGAAUACAACCUGUAUCCUACACUAAGUGAAAACAAUCUAUCUCCUUUACCUCCUCAUAAGCCUUAUUAUAAUUCAACUAUUUUUUCAACAAGUAGUCAUCAGCCAGAAACAUCUGCUAGUGAAUCUUCCAUGGCCAACACGCCACCUUCUUAUGAAGGAUUCAGGCUUGAGACUCCCAAAAACAUGAAGCCUCAAUUGUGGUCUCCAGGCUAUAUUUUAUCUCCGCUCACUUCUAUACCUUCUGCCUCUCAAAGAUCUUUUGAAAAAAGACCUCAUUACUACACACCUUCUCAGCCAAUGGACGUUACACAUAGUCCUCAACAGAAUCCAGAAUUAAACACUUUAGGCCCACACACUGUGUCCAAUCCAAAAAUCGAACCUGCCAGUACAACUUCAUUUAUAGACAAAAAAGAACUUGUGCAAAUGAUGAAUGUAUUUUCAUCAUCACAAAGCGACAUUGAAUACAAGAAAAAAAACCAGUCAAGUCCUAAAAAAAGUCCUGAAAGAACGCCACCUGCAUCGCCAUUAAGUACCAAGAGUUUACCUUCUGUGAGCUCGUUCCAGAGUAAUACAAGUGAUGCAGAAUUUAUGUGUCCAUCAUCAAAUACAGAAGAAAACAAAACAAUUCAGUCUCCUUAUGCCAGCCUUGUCGAUUUAGUGCAGAAUAUGAAGGUAGAAGAUGAAAAGCUAGCCAAAAGACGUCAUGCGAUGGUGGUGAAUCAACUUUGGAAAGCCAUUUCUCAAUAUGCUUAUUAAAUCCUUGUUAAUAAAUCUAUAUGAAUGUUAUUUCAAUGAAUUAAAUUUUGCUCAUCUG